GGCGCGUUGUUUUUAGCUGACUGGGGGCCCCGGAUAUCGGUGUAUGUACCGCGUGGGAGUGGAGGGGGAUGGAGUUGCGAACAACGGGACUCGUCGUCGGUCGUCGGGUAACGCGACGAAAUUGGCGUCGUUCAUUGCACGCACGGCCCUUGAACGCGACUUGAACCUCGUGCCAUCGAUUCGUGAGACUCGGUGAACACGUGCUCUCAGCGAGUUCCAUUUGUUUUCUUGCGGCCCGUAACGCCCGCAGCACGUCGUUCCUCGUACUGCACGAAAUGACCGUCCGGCGUAACUCCGCAUGUUUUCGCAGUUUAGAUUAAUCCAUAUCUUGCCUGAGCAUCGUCGUCGACAAAUAUAUAAUGAAUAACGUGACACACAAAUUUACUCAGAAAGAAGAAUCGAUUUUUGUACUAAUGUUCAUUAAGAAGGUUUUACUUUUUUUAAGUAUAAUACAUGCGAUAUAUCGGGGGUUUGUGGACAGUUUAAAGGGUGCUAUUGUCCUCUUUUAUAUGGAUAAGCAAAUUAAUGAGAAAUUGGUCAAGAAGUCUCCUAUCAUAACAGAUCUUCGAAAGAGAGAUUUAGUUACACACAGUCCCUCCAAGCAUAGCAGUCAACAACGAGAGUCUAAAGUGCUGAAAAGGACUAUUGAAUGCUGCGCGUUCAAUGGUGGUGUAUUUUGGGCUAGCAUACUGAUAUUCGAUUAUGGACUCCUGCCGUUUCUUCAGUACUUAUUUAUUCUUAUAUUCGGCCAUUCUUCUAGCACUGCGCUCACUGUAUGGUCAUGGAUUCAGCCAUUUUUAUCUUUUAUAUUUGGUACUGUAUGGGUACUACCAUUGUUCUUGCUCAGCAGGAUAGUUAACAGCUUAUGGUUUCAGGAUAUAGCAGACAGCGCUUAUAGAUACAGACAAGGGAGACCAAUGCUUUUGUCAAGCGUGAGCAAACUGAUAGCUGAUACGCUUUUCAGCAUAUUAGUUCAAGCUUUGUUCUUGGGACAAGGAAUGUUGGUAUCCAAGGUUCCUCUACCUUUGCUAGGCGAACUUCUUGCUCUUGUCCAUAUGUGCCUUUUAUACGCUCUCUAUGCCUUCGAAUACAAGUGGUUCAAUAUGGGCUGGGAGUUGCAUAGGCGAUUGACUUUUAUUGAAGGCAAUUGGCCAUAUUUUGUAGGCUUUGGUCUGCCAUUAGCAGUACUUACCCAACUGCCCAACUCGUACUUUACAAGGUAUGACACGAAUUGCUCGAUUACGCACUUUACAAGUGGCUGUGUUUUUUCCAUAUUGUUUCCCCUGUUUAUUGUAAGUGGGAACGAAGCAGAACCCGUAAUUGGAGUGUGUGAUUACCCAUUGAAAUUAUUUUCGCCGGUAAUUGCAAUAGCAAACACACUUUUCAACAGAACCAUUGGACGAGCGCACAGACGGUGACAACUUUAAUGCAAUAAAAAGACAAAUAAUGAGAUGGUAUUCUUUUAUCGUUUAGGCAAAGUCAUCAGGGGAUGACGUGCGAAAAAUAUGUUUAUCUUUUAACAUUAAACAAGAUUAAAAUAAUAAUGCAAAUUUUAUACUUUUUAUCGACAUUUAAAUCGCGAAGAAAAUACGCGGUCAUAUCUUAAUUGGUAUGUAAAGGGACUUUCAAUCGGUACAAAUAUUUAUUUACUACUAUAACCUAAGGUAUGUACAAAAAGCAUGAUAAAUCUUGCAUCGUUUUAAAAUGCACAAUUCAUUUAUAGCGUAUUUUAAAAUGAUGAAGAGCAUUUAUGAUGGUUGAUGUAUAACUGCACGUACGACUUGCUCGAUCGUGACACACAAACUUGAAAUUAUUGAACAACUUUUAUCAGAAUUGGCGUGUUUUAAGCUUUUUACGCUGUAGCUAGUCAUUUUUCAAUAUCGAAUUUGUGAUCUCCAAUCGGCGCUGUGUUAUAAACAUGUAUUAUAAACAUAUAUUAUUAUAAAAAUAAUACGCUCUACACGACAAGUAAGAUAUCCAGUCCAGUUACGAUAUAAUAUCGAUAGAAAGUAGCGCUGAAAUAUUAUUCCUGAUAUUAAGACAAUUCUAUAUUAUAGUAUGGUGCUCUGUGCACACGACUAUUUUAUAUUCUUAUUUAUUAUUACGGAUGUUAUAUUAAGACCAAACAAAGUAAUUUAAUUUGAAGGGACAUUAUGCAUAGACGCCGAUAGACAUUUUAGUCAAUCGAGUCUGUUGAUACCGAUUAUUAAAUAUGCAUCGUGCCAUACAUAUCAUUCAUAUAUCACUCAUAGGAUGAUACGUCCGAAAAAUGAGUUCAUGGAAAAUUAAGAUAAACGGAAAGUGUCGUGAAUAUAACGAUAAAAUACUGCUAAUAGUAUAUAAUAAGAACAUUUCAAUUUGUAUAAUACUGCUAGAGCAACUAAUAUUUACUACUUUUGUCAUGAAAUCAAUCAUUUUAUACACUAUGGCUUAAAUAAAUAUUAUAUAAAUAUUGAAAAAUAUUUUGAUUGCAUCAACGAUUUAAACAUAAAAAAAAACAGUAAUAAUUGAUGGACGUUUUGAUUCAAGAGAUUAAUUUUAUCUACUCUUAACAAUAAAACAAAGUUCAUUCGUAUUGGCAUUCAUAAUCACGAGAGAAGAUCUUGCAGCGUUAGCAGAUCGUGAUCCGAAGGUUCCUCUUUCACUCUAUAAGAAUUCAAUGUGUAAUGUCUAUGUAGUGCUGCGAAACCCAACCCUGGAUCAGUUUCCACUUCUGUUAUUGGACUUGCAGCUUGAUCAAUCAUUUGAUUUUUGCUUACCUGUAAAAUACAAUUAUAUGAUAAUGAUAA